AUGAAUAACUCUACAGUGAACUUUACCAUACCUGAAACAUCUACAAACUCCACAUCUUAUUACACCAGUGUAAUGAAGAGUCUGAACAUGUGUCUCUGCGCCAUCAGUUUUAUAUUUGGUUUUCCUGCACACUCCUAUGUUUUAUGGCUCAUCGUCACAGGAGCGGAAAGAAGUGUCGCUUCAGCGUUCUUCAACAUCAAUCUUUCCGUUUGUGAGAUUUGUAGCUCUUUGGCUUUUUUGUUCUCUCUGAUUAAACAUAUUUGGUUUUCACAUCUCACUACAGUUUUUGGAUUCUCACAGUUUUUCAUUGGAUUAGGUGUCACUGGUCGUCCUCUUUUUCAAUGUCUGAUCUGUGUUGAGCGUUACCUGGCAGUGGUUCAUCCUGUAACCUUUCUGAAGUACAAACCUCUCAGAUAUAGACUGAUCUGCUGCGCUGUGGCCUGGAUUAUUGUCCUUGGCUUCUGUAUGUGUGGCAUGUAUGGUUUACUUGAAGAGGACAGGUAUUUUUAUUCAUGGUUCCUCUCAAUCCAGUUCCUCCUAUUCCUCUCCCUCCAGUUGUUUUGUCUUGUGGCUGUUCUCAGAGCUCUGAAGCAGUCAGGACCAGGAGAGAGAAAGAAAGAGGAAAACUACAUGAAGAGAAGAGCAUUUCAUCUCAUUCUAAUAACCACCGCAAAGCGUUAG